AUGGCUGUCGAUAAUAUGAUCGAGGAGAAGGGCGAUACAUCUCCGAGCCCCGUGGGCGGUGUCAUCUCCAAGUCCUCUGAUCGUGGCAUUCAUGAUUACAAAGAGUCUGAGGGCUACGAGGUCGACAUUGAAGAUGGCGUUCCGAGUUCCGUGAAGCUCGCUAAGGACGGCCAUACCAGACUGAUCCCUCAGCCGAGCGACGACCCCAAUGAUCCGUUGAACUGGUCGUCUCGGAAGAAGCAUCUGAUCCUCUAUAUCGUGGCUUUGACUGCUUUACUGCCAGACUAUGGUUCCGCUACAGGUGCCGUCACACUUAUACCCCAAGCUGAAGAAUGGGGCAUGACGCCCGAUGAAGUAAACCACUCGCAGGUGGGCAAUGUGUUUAUGCUUGGUGCCGGAGGUAUUUUUGUUGUUGUACUAAGUGCCUACUUCGGUCGACUUCCCGUCAUGUUCUACUUCGUCGUUGUCGCCCUUGCUACGGCCAUCUGGUGCGCCGCUGCUACAACUUUCGACUCGUUCAUGGCAGCACGGAUAUUGAACGGAUUCUUCUCGACUGUAGCUCAGGGAGGCGGUUUGAUGUUUAUCCAAGACAUUUUCUUCUUUCACGAGAGAGCGCGGAAGAUUAAUAUCUGGGCGUCAUUCUUCGUCAUCAGCCCGUACCUCGGCCCGUUACUGGCAGCUUUCAUUACCGCCACCAAGCCAUGGCCAACGCCCUUCUGGGUAUACUCUGCAGAAACGGCUGUAUGCUUGGUGCUGACCAUCUUGUUUGUGGAGGAGACAUUCUAUGACAGACGGAUUCCCCAGGCAGAACAGCCUCCAAGGGGUUCGCGGCUGGCUCGACUUCUCGGGAUCGCGCAGUUCAAGUCGCGACAUCUCCGAAACACGUUUGGACAGGCGUGCAUGCGGCCCGUCAAGGCGAUUUCGAAACCUGUGGUUCUGAUCUCCAACUUGUACUAUCUGCUGACGUUUGCUUGGGUCGUCGGUAUCAACACGACGCUAUCCAUCUUUCUGCAGCCGGUUUACGGGUUCGGCCCCAAACAGAUUGGCUUUUUCUACUUCACACCAGUGACCGCUGUUAUCCUCGGAGAACUGGCAGGCCACUUCCUCCACGAUGCCCUAGCCAAACAGUACAUCAAGGCACACCACGGGCACUUCGAACCUGAGGUUCGCUUACGCGCCAUCUUCAUUGCAAUGCCGUUUAUGCUUGUCGGACUCGUUUUGCUCGGCCAAGCGCUGGAGAACCAAUGGCACUACAUGGCAGCUUCGAUCAGCUGGGGUCUGUACGUCUUUGGUAUCAUGAUCACCACCGUUGCAAUCUCAUCAUACAACCUCGACAGCUAUCCUGAGGCUUCGGGUGAAGUUUCUGCUUGGGUCAAUAUGUCAAGAACCUUGGGUGGAUUUAUCAUCAGUUACUUCCAGGUGACAUGGGCUGCAGCCCAAGGUACGAAAACAAGCUUCGGCAUACAAGCUGCAAUCUGCGCAGCUGGCUUCUUGCUCAUAUUACUCCUGAUCUGGAAAGGCAAGGCGAUCAGGAUUUGGUCUGGGCCUUUGAAGUUCGCAACAUCUUAA